AUGGCUGUGAUGACCCCGUUCCAAACUCUCUUCGCGGUGCCCAUGACCUGUGACAGCUGUGCAAAGGACAUCACGGGCGCGCUGUACAAGCUGCCGGGCAUUAACAAAGUUGAGGCGAACGUUAAGGAUCAACUGGUAUCGAUAGAAGGGACAGCGGCGCCAUCGGCGAUUGUCCAAGCUAUCCAAGCUACCGGGAGAGAUGCUAUCCUGCGAGGGUCAGGGGGUUCAAACAGUGCUGCAGUUAGCAUCCUGGAGACCUACCAUCGCAGGUCGGACGAAGAAGUCACAGCUGCCGGCAGUCCCGGCGAGAGCUGGGUAAACGAGAGACUCGUCAGGGGCCUGGCGCGGAUGGUGCAGGUCAGCCCCACGGAAACCCUGGUUGAUUUGACCGUCCGCGGCGUACCCCCAGGCACUUACCGUGCUACCAUUCGCGAAUAUGGAAACCUCAAGGAUGGUGCAGUAUCUGCGGGGCCGGUCUGGUCAGCUGAGGCGCAGGACAAUCGCAGCUCUCGUGGGGUGUUGGGCACUGUGGAGGUUGGGCCGAACGGCUAUGGUAAUGCGUUCCUCAACCGCCCUUUCCAGGUUUGGGAGGUCAUUGGCCGCGCCCUGGUGGUAUCGCGCCGAGACGAGAGCGAUGGCGAGCCAUUAAGAAACGAGGAAGACACUGUGGUCGGCGUCAUUGCGCGGAGCGCGGGUGUAUGGGAUAAUGACAAGACUGUGUGCUCCUGCACGGGAAAGACGCUGUGGCAGGAGAGGAAAGACGAAGUCUCGAAGGGGAUGUUAUGA